AUGCAGGAGGAGCUCAAGGCAGCUGCCAAGCAGCUGGCGGAUCUCAAGAGCCAGCUGGCGGUGGCCAAGUCGCAGGCCCUGAUCAGCCAGGCCGUCUCCACCCCCGGCGGCGCCAAGCUGCUGGUCGCUGAGCUGGACGGCGUCGACGCCAAGGCCAUGCAGGAGGCCGCCACCAGCCUGCUCGCCGCCCUCGGCGACCCCGCCGCCGUCCUGCUGGCCACCAGCGCCGCCGACGGCAAGGCCAACUUUGUGUGCGCCCUCAGCCCCGCCGUGGUCAAGGGCGGGCUCCAGGCGGGCAAGGUGGUGGGGGUCGUGGCUAAGGUGUGCGGCGGGGGCGGCGGCGGGAAGCCGGCGCUGGCGCAGGCGGGCGGGAAGGACGCGUCAAAGCUGCAGGAGGCACUGCAGGUGGCGCGGGACGCGCUGUCGGCGGGCCUCCCUUAA